AUGAUGAUAACCAUGGCGAAUUACCAUCUGAUGGUUCCGAAUCCUUCAAGAAAUGCUCAAAUUCCGAAUGAUAAUCAACGACCGAUGUACGGAGAGCCGCACCCAAGCCUCUUUGCCAAUAUGAACAACAAGAAAGUUGUCGUUGCAGCAGCAUGCACACUUCCAGCAGAUUCUCUAUUCGCAGUGAUGCUGUAUCUGAUAUAUCCGGAUUCAUUUCUGCCCUCCACACUAUUCAUUGUCAACUUUUCGCUGGUUCUACUGGCUCUUCUAGGCAUAAAUUCAAAAGUGUCUUCAAUGAUUUUACCGGCAUUAGUGUGGAAAUGUGUACUAUUGUUGUUCCUUUUGUUUUUGGGAUGCAUUUCAGUCGACGCUUAUCAAGUUCCAUCAGCUGAGUUAGAAGAAGCUCACGUUCCAACAGCACAGGAGUCAACAUCACCACAUCGCUCAAUGAUGGUCUGGAAAGAUCUCGCAGCGAAAUAUCCAAUGCUUCCGUUUAUUGCAGUUGCAUGUACAAUUGUUCUUGCAGUUGAAGCAAGAGUAUUUUUCUCCGCGUGGCAGAAGAUUUGUUGUCCGGCAGUGGUUAAUGAUGAUGCGAAUUUGGAAAAAUCUCCACCAUCAUACAAUGCUUGCGUCCGUGCGACAGCCAGCGAAAAAGAUCUUCCGAGUUACGAAGAUGCGCUGAAAACAUGUUCAAAUUCUUCUUCAUCACAAAAUCCGUCGUCAUCUGCAACAUCUUCUUCAUCUUCUUCACAACGACCACCUCAUUCUGUAUACACAAUACCAGAUGUCAAAGUGCACAAGUCACCUAGCACUCAGAAUUGCCGUAGCUCUCCAUCUUCUUCCAAAAUGACAGUAAUCAGUCUUUGA